CACCUCCUAAUUGUCGUCUUUGUCUUUUCAUUUUUCGCUCCACAACUCCCGGUGUUAUUAACUAGUACUAGUACCACAAUUUCUCGUGGGACAACUCGGUAAAAUAUUAAUGUGCUGAUUGUAUCUUAGGAAAAUUGACGGGAAUGGCUUUCAGAGUACCGACUCCGAAUGUAUCCGUGGUAGAUUUGACUGUUUGUUUAGGAAAACCGGCGACGUACGACCAAAUAAAAGAAACUGUAAAACAAGCAUCGAAAACGACGAUGAAGGGAAUUUUGAAUUAUACCGAAGAACAAGUCGUGUCGUCGGAUUUUGUCGGCGAUUGUCAUUCGUCGACUUUCGACGCUCUAGCCGGAAUCGCCUUGAGUGAUAAAUUCGUCAAACUCAUCUCUUGGUACGAUAACGAAUACGGAUACUCGAACCGAGUAGUCGAUUUGAUUACGCAUAUAGCGACAAAAGACAAAUUUUAGAUGAAUGGAAAGUUGAAACUUGAAAUUUUUCGUUUCAUUAUUAAAAUGUAUCGU